AUGGUUAAAGAUUCACAUUUGAUAGGUAAACAAGCUCCUUCAUUAGAAUUACCAAAUAUACCAAAAGGCGAUCUAUAUAAAUUACCCAUAGGAGAAAAGCCUAUAGCACUCUUCUUUUUCCCAGCUGCGAACACACCUGGAUGUACUAAAGAAGCAUGUUCCUUCCGUGAUGCCCAAACUCAAAAUAUAGUCUUUAAACGGAAUUCCAAUUUGGUAGUUGUCGGUAUUUCAAGUGACGCAACUACAAAGCAAUCUUCUUUUGCAGAUCAAUACAAUUUACCUUAUCCAAUCUUGUCAGAUUCCGAUGGUUCAGCUAGAAAAACGUAUGGUGUUGGAAAAGCCUUUUUAGGUAUGACACCUGGUAGAGAAACUUUCUUCAUAGAUGAUAAAGGUAUUAUAAGAGGUGUAUGUGACAAAGCUUUAGAUGUAAAUCAACAUAUCAAAUUCGUAGAAAAGCAUUUACUCGCACUUGAAACUGAAAAGGGCAAUUGA